UAAAAAUAAAAAGUUAGCCCGGACGCUGGGGAGCCCCGCCCCUCCGCGUGACGUUGGCAGUCAUAUGACGGUGACGCGGAAGCGAGUGCAGGGAAGAUGAGUGUGUCGCUGGAUAUCAGGCUGAAGCGGGCGAAUAAAGUGUAUCAUGAGGGGGAGCGAGUGAGCGGAGUGCUGCUGGUCAACAGCAGAGACGCGCUGCAGCAUCAGGGAGUCUCUCUCAGUCUGGAGGGACUGGUCAACCUACAGCUCAGCUCCAAGAGCGUCGGAGUCUUCGAGGCCUUCUACAACUCCGUGAAGCCCGUCCAGCUGGUGUCCAGUAACAUGGAGGUGGUGAAGCCGGGAAAGAUCCCCGCAGGAAGAACCGAGAUCCCCUUUGAGUUUCCGCUGCAGGCCAAAGGCAACAAAGUCCUUUAUGAGACGUAUCACGGCGUGUUCGUCAACAUACAGUACACACUCCGCUGCGACAUGAGACGCCCACUGCUCGCCAAAGACCUCAGCAAGACCUGCGAGUUCAUGGUGCACUGCCAGACACAGAAGUCGAAGCUGCAGCCGAACCCUGUGGAGUUCAGUAUCACUCCGGAGACGCUGCAGAACGUCAGAGAGAGGAGCUCCUUACCCCGCUUCCUCAUCAGGGGUCACCUGGACGCCACCAGCUGUGCCAUCACACAACCCCUGACCGGAGAACUGACCCUGGAGAGUUCAGAGGUCGCCAUCAAGAGCAUCGAGCUGCAGCUGGUGCGGGUGGAGACCUGCGGCUGUGCGGAGGGAUACGCUCGAGACGCCACUGAGAUCCAGAACAUCCAGAUCGCUGAAGGAGACGUGUGUCGUGGUCUCUCCAUCCCCAUCUACAUGGUGUUCCCUCGCCUCUUCACCUGCCCAACUCUAGAAACCACCAACUUUAAAGUCG